CUGACAUAUCGAGCAGCAACGCGGUGGGCAUUUGCUUUCCCAGCAUUUUCUGACAUUUGGAAUUUAAUCUGGGAUAGUAAUAAAAUGUCUGGCAAGCGGCAGGCCACCACAAACCUAAACCACGACAACUGGGACCAAGAGGAGGAGCCCGAGGAGCGCGGUGUCUUCCGGCAGGCCCCCGAGGAUGUGCUCAAGACACGCACUAUCAAGAAGGCGCGCCGCAUGGGUACCGGCGGAACCACCGCCGGCACCGAGGAAACCCCGGCUGAGCCCAAGAGCGUAUUCAGCGGAUUCUCGGGUUUUGGCAAGCCGAAUAAUGCAAUAAGUGGCGCGAAAUCACCGUUCUCCUUCCUGAACAAUCUUUCGGCAACCACAACCACUGCUACGGCCACCACCAGCGGUGCCGCCAAGCCCAUGUUUUCUUUCAGUUCCCCGGCGGCCGACAAGCCGACCACAAACUUUUUGGCAGCGGCGGCACUAGCACGACCACCGAUGGCACCAAGCCGACCACAUCCAUUUUCGACACCACCAGCUCCAGCAGCAGCACCAGCAUUAGCACGGCCACCGAUAGCACUAUUGGGCACAUCCAUUUUCGGCACCAUAUCAAACGCCAAGAAGGAGAGUACUGGUGAGUCAGUGUUCAAGACGUCACCUUCCAGCACCAAGUCUGAAGUCGCCAGCGCCAACGUCGGGUCAAGCUCCAGCAACAGCGAACCCUCCGAGUACCGCCAAGCCGUGGCCAACCUGAAUACUUCCAUCCUAAAGUUUCUUCAGGAGGAGUUGAAAAAGACCUUGUACUGCACCCUGACUCCAGUAUUUAAUGACUACGAGAAGCACCUGAAGAGUUUGAAGGAAAAACUAUUGGUACCUGCUGCGCCGUUGCCAUCUAUUGCUGUUAUCAACACCUUGCCCCAAGCCAAGCCAACUGCCACAUUUUCCUUAGGCAAGCCCAGCGGUCCUAUUGGCGGCUUUACAUCGCCGUUCGCCAAGACGGUGAACAGUACAGUCACCAGUGGUGGGACAACCACCACAUCCUCCACGCCCAUGUUCUCGUUCGGCACGACCACUCCCAGCGUAACGCCAACGACAGCCGCCAAACCCGCAGCUCCAGCCAGUAGCAUCUUUGGAUUUUCCUCGAAGCCAGCCAGCGAGUCUAAGGCCACGGAAGAAGUCCCCAAACCGGGGGGCCUAUUUAGUUUCCUGCCCACAGAAAAGAAGAACGAAACGUUGUUUUCCGUCAAAAGGAAAAACGAUGAACCUGUAGUCUCGCCCCCGAAAACAAAUGGUUUUAGCUUCGGACUGAAGACUAACAACGAUGAAAAGCCGGGUUGUUCCAAAUUCUCGGGCUUCGGAAAGCCAGCCGAGGCUCCUGGUGCUCCAGCCCCAACGGGAUUCUCUUUCGGUUCCAGUUCUACGCCCUUCUCCUUCGGCAAUAUUAAGCCUCCAGCAGCAGCAGUAGCAGCUGUUGCCGAUGAAGACGCUCAAGACGAAGACAAGCCGCCAAAGGUGGAGUUCACACAGGUCAAAGAGGAUGAUGCCAUAUAUUCUAAGCGCUGCAAGGUAUAUAUAAAAAAGGACGCCGAAUACGUUGACCGCGGCGUAGGCACACUUUACUUGAAGCCGAUCAAGGACUCUGAGAAGACACAGUUGGUGGUGCGGGCUGACACAAAUUUGGGCAAUAUCCUGAUCAACCUCAUACUGAGCGAAGGGAUACCAUGCAAUCGGCAAGGCAAGAACAACGUUUUAAUGGUGUGGAUGCCCACUCCCGAGGAGUCUAAGGCCACGAUACUGUUGCGCGUUAAGACUGGUGAGGAGGCCGAUGAUUUGCUGAACGAGAUCAAGAAGCACAUCAAGUAGGAACUCCCACACAAGCGUACAUUUCAAUGUUGUUUCAUUUUUAUAUAUAUUUUACAAAAUUAUA